AUGUCUUCAACCCCCGAAUAUCAGCCUUUUCUCAAAUACUCGGACGACCCGACGACGGAAGAGCCUACAUCACCAAGUCGGCCAUCAACCCGUCGGAACGCGCUUUUCUCUCACAUACUUGUACUCAUAGGCACCUCGCUAGUAUGGGUACUGAUUUUCUUUCUGUUCUUUCCGACACCAGCCGCGACGACCGCGUCCCAUGACGCUGCACUUUCCCAACCAUCAGCUUCGUAUAACUCUGGCCAGCGACACAACAUAACCACUGGCAGAAAAAGAAUCUCUUGCGGCAACACGACAAAAGAGGCAAGGGCCAAAGGCUGUAAAUACGAUGUCCUGUUGAAUCACUGGGUCCCAGCUCAGUGCUUUGACAAGGACUCGGUCGACGAAUAUCAAGAAGAUGCUAGCUGGGGUGCGUUCGCGGAUAAGAAUAUGACGCAGCAGUUGACCAUCGAUGAGAUGUCAGAAAGAGACUUUUACUGGACGUCAAUUCGGGAUCAUAUCAACCACUGCGCUAUCAUGUGGCGGCGCCAAUUUUACGCCCUUUACGACGAGCGGGCUGCAAUUGACACCAUUGUCACUAGCCCUGGGCACACUGAACACUGCUCACAGUAUCUCAUGGAUGCCGUGGAUUCGAAAUGGAAGGAACCGACGAAGACAAUGAGAGGGUUCGCGGGUUGCUGGGUACGCGAAACAUAG